CACAAUGCAUCACUGCGUUGCUGAUAGCGAUAGUGCUGAUAAUAGAAUCGACGAAUGGGCAAGAAAACCGUUUGCUAGAAGCAGACAGAAAACAUGUAACUUCGUCACUACACGAUCCGGUCGUACGAUCGCUCCAGUUGUAAAUUCCACGCUAGUUGGAACAGUCGGUGGACAGUUUUACUUUCGAUCAGUCGCAGAGUCGAGUGCUUCCGAGUCGCAUGUGCAAGUAGUGUGUGCUGAAAAGUGAAAAGUGCAUUGAGACAUUGAUAAUCGGAGCAAAAAAUUCACUGUGCUAUUUAAAGGUCGGCCAACCCAAGCACGAUCUCUUGGAACACGACAGGGAGUGAGAAGUGCGUAGAAUGUUUUAAUACCGAUUUUAAGUAACUUAAGGCUUAAAAAUGACACAAAACAAUCGCCCAAACUCUUCGUCACCGACAACGGAACAGCCUCCGACGGGCAACAACGUGGACGACACGUUCAUCGAGAUGCAACCGAUCGAGGCUGCGCUCGACGGAGCGCCGGGGUCUGACUUCCUGGAGCGCAUAGAGGAAGAACCGCUCAAGAUGAGCAACGUAGAGGAUCUGUCGAGCAGCAUGUCGGAGGUGGAUGGGAAAAAACGGUCGCGAUCGAACCAGACGCACACCUACGACAUUCACAAGGGCAUCGCAGAAAGUGCAAUGGAUAUAUCGCUCCUAACGGCCAACGCAAACCAACUCCGGCUGCUUGUGACGUACAACGAGAGCUCCAGCACGUACGUGGCGUGCAUAGCGCUGGUCAUAAGCUCGCUCAUACUCCAAGUGUUGGUAGCUAGCGCCGUUAUUAUAGUAAAGAGUCAUCCCAGGUCAAAGCCAAGUCAGCGCAUACAUCAGUUAAAAGUUGCGUCAUCUAUACUGGUCUCCAUCAUCACGGUGAUCAACAUAUUAGUGGCAUCGCUCGUCAUAACGAAUAAGUAGUUGAUAGUAGUCUAAG